AUGAUAGAAACAGAGAAGGUAAGGAGACAAAAGGCGAAGGCGACGGAGGCGAAGAAAGGAACGAGCGGGGGAGGCGAGCAGGCAAGUCAGAAGAAGUCCGAGAAGAAGCGGAAGGCGAACGAUAGUGUGCGCAAAAUCUCCAAUAGGGAAAAGCGCAAGCUGAGAGUCGGGUCGUGGAACGUGUGCGGGUUCGCAAGGAGUGAGCGCAAGCGGUUGGAAAUAGUGGACCAAGUAGAACAAAGCGAUCUAGAUGUAGUGGGGAUCCAAGAGACGUGGGAAUUGAAGGAUGGUGACGUGGUAAGCAAACUAGGGAAAUACCGGUGGGUAGGGAAGGCAAGAAAGGGCUUAGACCCGAAGAAAAGGGGGGAGGGGGGAGUCGGAUUCCUGGUCAAGGAACACUUGUUUGACGUGGUGGAAGUAGUGGUGAAAACGGAGUUCGAGGAAAGCCUAUGGCUUAAGAUACCUGGGGAGCGGGGUGAGAAAGAUUUGUUUCUAGGGAACGAAUACGUCGCACCGUCGUCGAAGAAAGUCGCAAGCAAGGCGCAGGAGAACUUUGGACAAAUUGGGGAAGAUGUCCAGAGGUUCAGUAGGAAGGGAGAAGUUGUCAUGGUGGGCGAUUUCAACUCCAGAGUAGGGAAAGCUUCCAGUAGAGGACAGGCGAUCGGGCAGCACGGAGAAGACAAAGUGAAUGACAACGGAGUGAGGAUGCUUGAAUUCUUGGGAAGCAACGAACUGAUGGUGUUGAACGGUAGGAGGGAAUGCGAUAAGCCGGAGUUCACAAGGCAACGGGCAGUUUGCAAUGAAUACUCAAUCCUCGACUACAUCCUGGUAGAUAGGGGGAGCACGCAGAUCCCAGAGCUGCACGACACUACAAGAGACUUACAUGGAGUGCCCUCGGAGAAUGAAGCUUUUAACCGAGUGUUUAAUAAGAUGGAGGUGGACGUAUGGGCCCAAAAAGAAGAGACAUCGAAGGCAGACGUUGGGAACGUAGAACUAGAAAAGGAGUUCACUGAGGACGAGGUUGAGGCGUCCGUGAGGGCAGAAUUGGGGAUCCAAUCCCUACGGUCGGGAAGAGACGCGAGGAAGCUGACCUGGCAGUAUCGCAUGUGCGGGAUGGGAGAGGAGAGGUUGCCGAGAAUUGUAUGGGAGGCGAAGUGGGCAAACAAAAAGAGGGGUAGACAACCCACGGAAUGGGUCAAGGUUGUAGAGGACGUAUGGAAGGGGCUCGACAUCGACGAAGAUGAAACGCUGGAAACGGAGGGUCUACAGGGAUUCAAGGAGAGGAUAUCUGUUGCUCGUGCCGAGAGAGAAGAACAGAAUCCAAGGAAAGAAACCAAGGAUAAGGAGGGUCUAGAAGUGUACGGAAUGUUGAAGGAAGGAAUAGGGUUCAAGGAUUACCUACAUGGACCAAUGGAUGCAGGAACCAUGCUUAAGGUCAAAUUCAGGACCGGGGACAUAGGCCUUCGAGAACGUCGACGAAGACAUAGGACUGUAGACGACGAAGACGACGAAUUCAAAUGUGAUUGCGGCUUCGAAUGCGAAGCCCGUGUCCAUGUAGUCGCGGAAUGUCCGUUGUACAAGAAGGAGAGGGAAGUGUACGUGACUGAGCUGGGAACAAUAGAUGGGACGUACGGGGAGAUGUUUGAGGCAUAGAAUAGAGAGGAGAGGACGGUUGCUGUACUGGGGCAUUGGAGGUGGGUUGAAAAGGCGGGAAGAGAUAUCGUUAGGAUAGACAGACUAGGGAAGACAUUUUUGAGCGACCUUUGGCAAAGUAGAAAGGAACGAUUGGCCAUCGGUGAACGGUCCUGUGGGAACAAUGCUCCGUCCUCUCGAGAACGCUUGGUCAAUGGUCUAACCGCUAAGGCAUGCAAAACAUAAGAGUACGCCCCCCCCCCCCUCCGCCAAUAGAGGAACACUUCAGCACUGUGGCUGAUUUCGUACGUUCUGCAGCGUUUCAUGAUCUGAUUCUUUGUGUACAUGCGUAUGUUGAAGCACAACCCUGGAAUGCGUAUCGGCACCUCGACACUCAACUGACGUUUUCUGCAUGUCUCACUCGAAUAUUUCAUCCUUCACUCGAACAAAGAAACGAUAACCGUACAGCAUCUAGUCUACACAUCAACGAUUGGUGUCGGGGUUCGUUGCCGUCCUCGAGAGGGAAAAGGGGCCGCUCCCGGCGGCGGCUGAACCAAG